AUGACAUUAGCGGAUUUGGAUUAUAGUAGAUACACUAGAAAUAACUAAAAAAUAAAAGAAUUAAUUUAAAAGCUGCAAUAGCAAGAUUAAAGUGAACCAAUUAAAGAUUAUCUCAAGUAUCUAGAAUUCGAAAGCUCAUGUCUAACAGAUUUAAAUAUAUCAAAAAUCAGUGAGGAAUAAAUAAGAAAUCUUUUCCAAUAAAUUGAUCAGCACCUACUAAAAUAUAAUAAUGAAUCUUUGGUUUAAAUGGAUGGACUUUGCUUCAAGAUAUACUUAUGCUAAUAUAUGUUUAAAUUUGAAAAAAAUGAUAUUGAUUUAAACAUUUAGAAUUCUUUGUACAAAUUGCCUUCAAUAAAGAAUUUAAUGAAAAGAGAAUUGCUAACAUCGAUCGAGCAAACCCCUUUCAGAGUUAAAAACUUUUAAGAAAUUUAUUUAAAACGCAUUUUGAACCCUGAUUUCUAAAUUGAAACAUAAGAUUACUUCUAGGAGAUAAUUGACUGGUUAGAUUUCUUUGCAGAAAUCUAUAAUAUCCACUAAAAAUCUUUUUAUUAGACAUUUAAAGGAUUUGAAAAAGUAGAUAAAAAUUUAAUUUUAAUAUGCAUAAACAAACUGAUUUAAGUACAAAACAAAAUUAGCAAUAUCUCAAAUAUUGAAUCUGUGAUUAGAGUUUUGUAGUUCUUUUAGAAGGAUUAUCGUAAUUUAUAUGGAAUAGAUAUGGUUGUAACUCUUCUAUACAAUAUUUGUAAGAACAUACUUCCUCUUUAAGGAUCUACUGAAUUAGAACAAGAUUCUCUUUAAAAGAUUAUUUAAAAUGAAAUAAACACAGGCUUAUUUUAAUACUUUUAAAUUCACCUAAAAAUUAGUUCUUGGGACCAUAUUCUACUUACUUGUCUUGGAUUUAUUUAAAUAUAGAUUGAUAAAAAAGUAGAGAAGUAUAUGAAUAAAAAUGCUGAUCCCUCUAAAAAAUAAAGCAGUAACAAAUAGCUUCUUAACUACAGAGAAAUAUCAAAUAUUCCUAGCGAGGUGUAUGAUUCAUUAUAUCUAUUCACCUGCAUAAACUACACCUAAAUUAGAAAUAAAAUAAAAAAGACAAUGAGAAGCAUCCUUUCCUAUCGUGUUCCUUCCCUUGUAAAUCUACUGAGCUUAAAAAUAAAAAGAGAAGAUUUUGCAUUUAACUUCAUGGAGUUUAUGAUGAGCUCACCUUUCGAUGACAAUAUUUUAGGUAUGAAAAUGAGUGUUUAACUAUACCUCAGAGAAGAGUAUUCUAAAUUAUAUCAGUUGAUAUAAAGCUUAACUUAAUCUGAUCAAUUACCUUCUCAUUAUGCUUUCCCUUUACUAUUGUCUUUAUCUUCAAUUUUUACUGGGCUUAAUCUUGGCAAAAAUGAGGAAGGCUUAUCUUUGGCGAAGCUUAACUUGAAUAACUUUUUAGAAUCUAACACAGAAAAUUCGAGGAAAAUAUUUUUGUAAGAAACUCUGCUUGCAAAUGUUGGAUUUAGCUAUUACAAUAUAUUUAGAAAUGCUCAAUAUGAGCAAGAUAAGAAUGUUUAUCUUUCUAAAGCAAUUGAGUAUUUAGAAAAGAGUUACAGCAAGAAUAAUAAAAACUAUUUAGUUUGCCAAGCACUUGCAAAGGCUUAUGCACACAGCUUGAAUAUGGACAAAGCUCUUGAGUAUGCUUUACAAUCAUGCGCUCUUAAUAAAAGCUCACAUUACGCAUUCAUUCUGCUAGCUCUUAUUUACUCUGCUAAAGGAGAACUCAAGAAAUGUUAGCUUUUAAUUUCAAGUCUACUAAAAGAAAACUAAAACGAACCCAUCCUAUACAUCCUGAUGGCAUUUAUUGAAGCAGAGAAAUUACUGAUUGCAGAAGAAAAUUUACCUGAUUAUAAAGUUUCUCAUCACUUUGGCUCAGGGAUAAAAGACUUUUUAAAAUCUGAAUCUUAGAAAAGUAAACAAUUUAAACAAAUUAUACUGUAUAUGGUGAAUGCUUGCUAAGUUAUAUUAAAAAAAGAAUUAUCCAAGGAAUUUGAUCCUGAAUUUUGCAAAAAGAAUUUGAUACCACUAAAAGACUAGCAUUCUUAAGAAAUCCCUCCAAGAGUUUACUUAGAUUAUAAAAAUACACUAAAUUACUUUAUAGACAUACUGUUCCAUCUUGAGUACUACGAUUGCAUUGAAGAUAUGACAGCACUCUUGAAUGAUGGAAAUAAAAAAAAUCUGAUUGAGUCAGAAUAUUAUCUUGCACUUCUGUCUGAAAAAAAGGAACAAGAUGAAAUAGCUAUGCAAAAAUACGAAGAAAUCUUAAAGACAGAUUUUUAUCACCUUAAAUCUAUGCAAAAUUUGGCUCUACUUUACUUAAAAAAUAUAAAUACUGAUAGCAGAAGAGUAGACAGGGCAGUAGAACUAUUGAUAGCAGGAUCUAAAUUCAAAGAAUCUUCUGAGAUUUGUUACGGAUUUGGAUAAAUCCACUAACUCCAAGGGAAUCUCCAAAAAUCAAAUCACUACUUGCUAAAAGCUCUGGAAAAAAAUAAAAAGUAGCCAAUUUGCGUCUAUGACAUUAUACCAGAUUUGUUAUUUAUAGUUUGA